AUGACAGCCGCCAGGACUGUGAUGAAAGCGGUCAGAGUGUUUGAAUUUGGUGGCCCUGAAGUGCUUAAACUCCAGUCAGAUGUCUUAGUUCCUGUUCCAAAAGAAAACCAGGUGCUAAUCAAAGUCCAUGUCUGUGGGGUCAAUCCUGUGGAGACAUAUAUUCGUUCCGGGACUUACGCCAGGAAACCUGCUCUGCCCUACAUCCCUGGCUCGGAUGUGGCUGGGGUGAUUGAGGGUGUGGGGGAGCAUGUCACUGCAUUCAAGGAAGGUGAUAGGGUUUUCACCCUUGAAACAGUCUCAGGAGGAUAUGCAGAGUAUGCAGUCGCUGCAGCCAACAGGGUUUAUCCUCUGCCGGACAAACUGGACUUCAGGCAGGGAGCAGCAAUCGGAGUGCCCUACUUCACAGCCUACAGGGCCCUGUUCCAGAAGGGCUGUGCCAAGGCUGGGGAGAGUGUGCUGGUGCAUGGUGCCAGUGGGGGGGUGGGACUAGCAGCAUGUCAGAUUGCCAGAGCCUGUGGUUUGAAGGUUUUGGGUACAGCUGGAACUGAGGAGGGCAUGAAUGUGAUCCUGAGAAAUGGUGCUCACCAAGCCUUUAAUCACAGAGAUCCUGAUUACAUUGAGAGAAUUAAGAAGUGCACAGGGCCAGGGGGAGUCGAUAUCAUCAUAGAAAUGCUCUCAAAUGUCAACCUGGAUGCUGAUCUGCAGUUGCUGUCCCCUGCCGGGAGGGUCAUGGUUGUGGGCUGCAGGGGACGCAUUGAGAUAAAUCCAAGAGACACUAUGAGCAAGGAGUCCAGCAUAAUUGGAGUGAGCCUGUUUCUUGCAACUGAGGAGGAAAGGCGUGAGUGUGCCGCAGCAGUCCUUGAUGGCAUAGAAGCUGGCUGGCUGAAACCCGUUGUGGGCUCGGAAUAUCCCCUGGACAAAGUAGCCAAGGCUCAUGAAGACAUUAUUUGUUGCCCUGGUGCCCAAGGGAAGAUGGUGCUUCUUCUAUGA